AUGAAUGCUGUAUUCCAUGAUGUGUCUGAGUUGCAUUCUGGGAAGGAGAAGUGGAGAAUUAUGGUCAAGGUCAUUCGGAUGUGGUAUAGCCAAGGCUUCGCCAGUUCCAAGCUUCCUCUGUCACUUGAGGUGGUUCUGAUGGAUUCUAAGGGUACCAAAAUCCAUGCCUCCAUCAAGAAGACAUUGAUGUACAAGUUUGAUAAGUUAUUGGUGGAUGGCAACGUUUACAGUCUUUCGUCGUUUGUUGUAGUCGAUAGUUUUGGGGAGUACAAAACCACCCGUCACAAUUACAAGAUCAGCUUCAUGUUUAAUACUGAAGUGCGUGCUUUGGAUAAGAACCCUAUGGAUAUUUUUCCUUACUCAUUUGUGUCUUUCGCUGAGAUUUUGUCUCCCGCCUUUGAUACAACAUUUUUAGUGGAUGUAAUUGGCAUACUAACUGGGGUUGGUGUUGAGAGGGAGAUUGUCACAAAUGGGAAGAAAUCAAAAAUGAAUGUUUUGGAAAUAGAAUCUGCAGGUUUGAGGAUUAAGUGUGCUGUGUUUGGAGUAUAUGUUGAUGAACUCAACAAUUUCCUUGGAGGCGGUGAUAUCAAUAACCCUGUUGUAAUUGUGCACUUUGCCAAAGUUAAAUCAUUUCAGGGGCACAACAGUUUACAAAAUGUCCACGGUGCUACUAAGAUUUUGUAUGAUCCAGAUGUUCCUAUGGCCGCUGUUAUGAAGACAAGGUUUCUUGAAUCCAGUGAGAGUGGUUCUUGGUCACUUAGCCAGUUGUCUGAAUCUAAAUCUGUUUCUGGGGAGGAUGAAUUUUUGGUCCCAAAUUUUCGAUUGUAUCUGUGUUGUGUAUGGUAUAAUUUGCCCCAUGGAAGAUGGUGUUGA